AUGAUGAACAAGCUAAGAGCCGCAGAACAAAGCUACAUGAGCUUUGAUGAAAUGAAAGAGGUUAUCUCUCCUCGUGGAGAACUCAAUCGGCCAAGCACAGUUUUUCUCGGCAGACUCACAUCCUUGCCUGGUGAUAUCGAUCACAUUCUCAACGUCCGCCCCGAUGGAGCCCGUCUCUUCGACGGCGACCCAUCCACUUUCACCAUCGAUUAUGAAUUCCACUUCAAGAAGCCCGAGGCUAUCUUGAGGUCUGUUCAUAUCAGCUACCCAGAUCGCAUCUGGGAUGCUACAGCUGUUCUUCAUGGCCAUUUCAGUCCUCAUGGCAAACUAGAUCCAGAAGUCGAGCGUGCCGUGCAAUACAUCGCGAAGAACUUAUGGGUGGAGCCUAAGCGUAGCAUUCGCCUCUUGACUCGUGUCGACAACAACAUCCUCAGCGUGAAGAAGGUCAUUUUAAAGCGCAUCAGCUACCAUCGCUGCACAAACGAUCGGUACGUGAGCGAUAUCGGAGGUGGAAUCGCCAUGCACGGCCUUCAACUUCGAGUCACCGAGGUACAGGACCUGGCCCUCACAGCCCGUCAAUCAAAUUGCGACAUUUUGGAGGCCGUUUGCGAGUCUUUGGAUGACAUGUUUACCGCUCACCGGCAGUGGUGGGAGAUUGCAUUGAUCAGACCCUUCCAUUCAAACCGCUCUUAG